UUGGUGUGGGGGAAGCCAUGGGAACCUGCCGCCCGAGUGUGAGGCGGGGCGCGCUCACUCCGGGCUUGAGGGGGCCGAGGCCGAGGCGGGUGCGGAAAAGGACUGCUGGCCCCGCCCCUCGUUCCCUACCCUUUGGAGGCCCGGUGUUUCCCGCUCUGAGGGAUCCUGUGCCGCCGUCGUGGCCACCACCUGGGGUUGUUUCAGGCUUCAGGCUUCAGGUUUCCCUGCCAACCACGAGGAGUCCAGGGAGGAAAAGCGGAGCCUAGGUGCCAGUAACGCACACCUCCCGCGUCUCUUCUAGCCCAAGAUCGCCCCGGCAGGGAUGGGCGUCAAGAUCUGGCUGCCCUUCCCGGUGCUCCUCCUGGCCAUUCUGUACCCAGUGCUGCUGCCGGUGGCUGCCGCCUUCACUCCCUCCUUAGACAGCGACUUCACGUUUACCCUUCCGGCCGGCCAGAAGGAGUGUUUCUACCAGCCCAUGCCCCUGAAGGCCUCGCUGGAGAUUGAGUACCAAGUCUUAGAUGGAGCGGGAUUAGAUAUUGAUUUCCAUCUUGCCUCUCCACAAGGAAGAACCUUAGUUUUUGAACAAAGAAAAUCAGAUGGAGUUCACACGAUAGAGACUGAAGACGGUGACUACAUGUUCUGCUUUGAUAAUACAUUCAGCACCAUUUCUGAGAAGGUUAUUUUCUUUGAAUUAAUCCUGGAUAAUAUGGGAGAACAGGUGCAAGAACAAGAGGACUGGAAGAAAUAUAUUACUGGUACAGACAUGUUGGAUAUGAAACUGGAAGAUAUCCUGGAAUCCAUCAACAGUAUCAAGGCCAGACUAAGCAAAGCGGACAUCCAGACUCUGCUUAGAGCAUUUGAAGCUCGUGAUCGAAAUAUCCAAGAAAGCAACUUUGAUAGAGUCAAUUUCUGGUCUAUGGUUAACUUAGUGGUAAUGGUGGUAGUGUCAGCCAUUCAAGUUUAUAUGCUGAGAGUCUAUUUGAAGAUAAGAGGAAAAGUAGAACUUAAAACUUUAAACUAGACUACUUAACAUAAAAAAGAGGGAUGGAAAAAUGUAAUACAACUUACAGUUAAAGUCCAAGACCAUUAAUAGUCUUUUCAAAAAAGAUUUUCAGGUAUUACCACAAGCGUGAAGCAAGUAUAAUUUUAAUGUGAAAGGAAAGUCUUCACUUUCAUCUGUGCAAGUAGUCUUAUUGCUUCAGUUGUACUUAAAUAUAUAACAAUAUUUUGCAGAGUAUAGGUAUAAUUGAAUGAAGCCAUAUUAAUAACAGCAUUUUCCUAAGUUUGAAAAACUUUUGCAAAUGUCAUAGGUGACUUAAAUAAAUGAGCUUUGGGCCCAAAUGCAACACCAAACAAUGUUUUUAAAAGAUUCUCUUACCUAGAAGUUUCUUUGUAAAUUUGGCAAAUACAAUUAAUACAGGUUUUCAAUAUAUUGAAGUUUCUUUGUAAAUGUGGCAAUUAUAAAUUAACUGUGUAAGUUUCCAGUAUAUUAAGUUAUAAAUCAUCUGAGAAUUACCUAAUCAUAGAUUGGAAUAAUCUUUAGAAAACAAAAACUCAACUUUUCUUUUACAUAUGUAUCUCUCCUAUAAUGUAAAUAGACACAUAGCUGUGAAAAACAGAUUUGUGAGACUUUUAUAACCAAAUAUAUUUCAAUUUAAAAUAUUAACAAAAAGUAUUAGUUUUAUAGACUUAGCUUACAUUCCCCAAAGGCCAAUAUUUUCAUAAUUCUUAAAUUGCUCAGUCAUUAUUAAAAUUUGGAAAAAUUUUCUCUUUGAAAUGAAAUCGCUCAGUCUCCAUAGGGACACAUUUUGUCUAGUCCUUAACUAAGAUCUAGAAUUUUGAAAUUAAAUGUGACAAAAAAUACUUUUAUAUUACCUAUCAGCAGUGUUAUGUUAAUUUUAACAUGAUUAUUGACUUGGAUAAUACAUUAUUACCAACAGUUGUGAAGGAAAAUAUUGCUUUAAAAAUCUAGGCCUAACAUAAAUAAAGAUCUCCUUUUCUGAGUUCUUAAAAUCAACAAAAAAAAAUAACAAAAUCAAUAAAGAAGAAUUUGAGUAAGCUUGAGAACAUCUGAUCAAAUUAAGUUCACUUAAAUAAACUGUAAGUAUCUAGAAUCUGAUUGGUUCACUAAUGACCCUAUCCUAAAUAAUAAUCAGACUAAAUUCCAGUUAACUGUAGAAACUAUACUUGGCCAUGGCUUUUAUUGUUUUACAGUUGUUUUAUUCUGUUUUGAAUUGUCUUUUAUAAGUAUUCAGGUAUAUUUUAUGAAACAAACUCUACUGUAAGAUUUAGCACUGGGUAAACAUAUUACAACUUUUAUUAUAACUUUCAUUAAUUACUUUUCUGAUCACUUUAUUUAUUGACAUUCAAGUAAGGAUUGAAAGCCUACAGAAUCCCAAAUUUAGAGCUGAUAUGUGAAUAACUUUAUAUAAAGUCUCUGACAUCCUUCUUAUUGGGUCUAUGGAGUCUUACUCAUAUACUAGUAAUUUAGCUACAUUAAGUAGAAUUUUUAGGUUUUAUCGAUUUGUAAUACUGGUUAAGACAAAUAUGAGUUAGAAACAAUCAGCUUACAAGUUUGAAUAUAGCACCCCUCUGUACAUUACUACUGCUUGAAUUCUUAAGCAAUGAUAUCAAGAGAAUGGUUUAUUAAUUUACAGUCAGAGUGGUACAAAAAGAUUUAUUUCCCUCCUUCUUAUGCCUUUGGGAGAACAAGGUUAGAUAUCCCUACUCUGAAGCUUUUAAAAAUGAGGAUUGAUUACCUAACUGACCCAAGAAAAUGCUUUUAUGUGUCCAGGAGUAGCACCUGAAAUACAGGCAAAACAAGGGCCAAUAAUUGCCUAUGAUAUCCCAUUCCCCCCUUCUGUUAAACUCAAAAUGAGAAGCAAACUUACCAUACUAUACCUAAUAAAACAGUGCAGAUCUAAACUACUGCAUCUUUUCUAUAAAACUGUGAUUAAGAAUUCUACCCUCUGGCUGGCUACUGUACUGUACUGAUUCCUUACCUAACAAUGAAUUUGUUACAUCAUGUAUGUAUGAUUCAUGCCACUGAUUUUAAACCUGUGAUUCAGUAAACUUCUUACCUUAUAAUGGGCCUUAUUUGGAAAACAAAGAAUUUAGGAAUACUGAGGACAAUUUUAUUUUAUAGGCACAAAAUGAAGAGUGGGAUUAAGAAUGUUAACUUGUAUUAACCAAAAAAGUAUAAUCAGUGAACAAAGAACUAAAUUCUUUGGCAUAUAGAUUAUCUGCCUCGUGUGGUUUUUUUAAUGUCAGUAUUAAAUUUUGAAAUUAAAAUUAUGCUAAAAUUAAGCUAUCACAUAAUGGCUGAUUUUUUCUUUGGUGUUUAGUUACAUAAACUCUUAAAUACUGUAGUAUUUAAGGCCUAGAGUUUUAUUCUCAUUUGCAUUUGGGUCAUUAAUGAUAUGCUAUUCUUUCAAGGUAUAGAAGGUAAAGAAGUGGUUGAAAUAGGAAGGAAAUAAAUUACAAAUUGAAAUGUAAUUUGUUAAGUAGGUUUAUCCUUAAGCAUUGUUAUUAUGUCUUAAAUUAACAAAAAUUGAGUACCUAUAAUUGUAUGCCUCCCUAAAUAAAAAUUCUUUAUCUGAAAUUUAAAAAAUGAUUCAGCAUGUAAUAGCUUUUCAUCUGAAGUGUAAUACAUAAUCAUUGUUGCUCAAAUUGCUUUAUAGUUGUUAACAGCCUUAUUAAAAGAGCAAUGAAUACUAUGCUGAAUAUACAUAAUAAAAAUUACAGUCAAAGG